AUGAAGCAUCUGAAGUCCAUGGGCUUGGAUGUGUGGUUAAUCACGGGUGACAACCUUCGCACAGCCAGUGUGGUCGCGCGCCAGCUGGGUAUCAACCACGUGAAGGCAGUUGCUCUACCUGGUGAAAAGGCGUCUCAGAUCAAGGCGCUGCAGUCGCAAGUGAACCCGCUGACACUGAAGCCACGCGUGGUUUGUAUGGUUGGUGAUGGUAUCAAUGAUGCGCCGGCGCUGGCGCAGUCAGACGUCGGUAUGGCAAUUGGUGCCGGUACGCAGAUUGCCAAGGCCGAGGCUGACAUGGUACUGGUGAAGAGUGCGCUCACCGACGUGGUGGUGGCGCUGGAUUUGGCUCGUGUGGUGUUUUCGCGCAUCAAGUUGAACUUCUUCCUCUCGAUCGUGUACAACUUUGUCGGUCUCCCGUUGGCUGCGGGCAUCUUCUUCCCGUUGAUCCACCGGAUGAUGCCGCCUGCAUGUGCUGGACUCGCGAUGGCUUUCUCGUCGGUAUCGGUCGUGAUCUCGUCGCUGCUGCUGAAGACAUACAAACCACCGCAGCUUGUUCAAGCGAAGGUGCAAAAGGUGCAUUUUGAAGAGGAUGCCCAGGUCGUGGACCUCAAGAACCUUGUACGGUUGAAGGUCAACAACGUGGGGUAUGCUCCGUUGACGAACCGUGGACCCGUCGAACGCGCGUACAAGGUUAUUGCACAGUGA